AUUCCACUAGCGGCUCGGCCCGGACCCGCGCAGCGCCAGUGGUUCGGGGAGUAGGCCCCCGCCUUCUCCCUCGCCCGGGCCUAGAGCCACCCCCAACCUGAGAGGCCAGAGACGAGGCUGGAGCUGCUGCCGCAUCCCGGCCCAGCCUUCCCCAACAUCCCUCUCCCCGGCUGGACAUCUGGACUGUGGGCCCCGCACCGAGAGGGUUCCGGAAACCCUCCCCGCCCAGCUCCGCGGGCCGGGCCCCGCACCGCCCCGUCUCCAGAGCCCCGCGCCCUUCUCCAGAGCAGACUUCCGCCCACCCCUGGCCGCCCCCUCUCUGUCCCCUCCUCCCCCAGCCUGGACAGGGGUAGGAGGGAGGGGGUGUGUGCGCCCUGCGCCGUCCCCGCCCCGCCCCCCGUGAUUCCCCCUGCAUGGCCGGCCCGGGUGGGGGACGCGGGGGGGCCCGGGCGCCAUGCGAGGGGGGCACAAGGGGGGUCGCUGUGCCUGUCCCCAUGUGAUCCGAAAAGUGCUGGCAAAAUGCGGCUGCUGCUUCGCCCCGGGGGGACGUGAAUCCUAUUCUAUUGCUGGCAGUGAGGGGAGUAUCUCAGCUUCAGCUGCCUCGGGUCUGGCUGCCCCCUCCGGCCCCAGCUCUGGCCUCAGCUCUGGCCCCUGUUCCCCGGGCCCUCCAGGGCCAGUGAGUGGCCUGAGGAGAUGGUUGGAUCAUUCCAAACAUUGUCUCAGUGUGGAAACUGAAACGGAUGGUGGCCAAGCAGGACCAUAUGAGAACUGGAUGCUGGAGCCAGCUCUAGCCACAGGAGAGGAGCUGCCAGAACUGACCCUGCUGACCACAUUGUUGGAGAGCCCUGGAGACAAGACUCAGCCAGCUGAGGAGGAGACUGCUUCCCAGGCCUCUGAGAGUGAGGAGGAGCAGAAGAAGGUGGCUCUGGAAAGGAGUAUGUAUGUCCUGAGUGAACUGGUAGAGACAGAGAAAAUGUAUGUGGAGGACUUGGGGCAGAUUGUGGAGGGUUACAUGGCCACCAUGGCUGCUCAGGGGGUCCCCGAGAGUCUUCGAGGCCGUGACAGGAUUGUGUUUGGGAACAUUCAGCAAAUCUACGAGUGGCACCGAGACUAUUUCCUGCAGGAGCUGCAGAAGUGUUUGGAGGAUCCUGAUUGGCUGGCUCAGCUAUUCAUCAAACAUGAGCUUCGGCAGCAGCUGGGGCACCGCCUGCAGCUCAACGACCUCCUCAUCAAACCCGUGCAGCGAAUCAUGAAAUACCAGCUGCUGCUCAAGGAUUUUCUCAAGUAUUAUAGCAGAGCUGGGAUGGAUACUGAAGAACUGCAGCGAGCUGUGGAGGUCAUGUGCUUCGUGCCCAAGCGCUGCAAUGACAUGAUGACUCUGGGAAGACUACGGGGCUUUGAGGGCAAACUGACUGCUCAGGGAAAGCUCUUGGGCCACGACACAUUCUGGGUCACGGAGCCGGAGGCUGGGGGGCUGCUCUCUUCCCGGGGCCGAGAGAGGCGUGUCUUCCUCUUUGAGCAAAUCAUCAUCUUCAGCGAGGCCCUGGGAGGAGGAGUUAGAGGUGGAACGCAGCCUGGAUAUGUGUAUAAGAGCAGCAUCAAGGUGAGCUGCCUGGGGCUGGAGGGGAACCUUCAGGGUGAUUCUUGCCGCUUUGCCCUGACCUCCAGAGGGCCAGCGGGUGGGAUCCAGCGCUAUGUCCUGCAAGCCACAGACCCUGCAGUCAGCCAGGCCUGGAUCAAGCAAGUGGCCCAGAUACUGGAAAGCCAGCGGGACUUUCUCAAUGCAUUGCAGUCACCCAUCGAGUACCAGAGACGGGAGAGCCAGACCAACAGCCUGGGGCGGCCAGGAGGGCCUGGAGUGGGGAGCCCUGGGAGACCUAGGCCUGUAGACCAGGCCCAGGUCAGCGCACACACCCCCAUCAAUGGCUCACUCCCCUCCCUGCUGCUGUUGCCCGAAGGGGAAAUGGCCAGAGCCCCCCUACCCCUAGACACACAGACCCCCAGUAACAUCCCCCAGGCUCCUCUUGACUCUCCUCCAGUCGCUCCAAUUCUGAACGCCCCUCCCUGCCAGGCCAGACUUGCCAAGCUGGAUGAAGAUGAGCUAUAACUGGUAACUGGUGAAGGCCAUAAGCAUGGUGCUGACUCAGCCACUCUGCUCCCCAAGGAUCUUCAGGGCAACCCUUCUGACACCGCCCCGGAUUUCCUUCCCUCUUGGUGUGUCUGGGAGUGGGGGGGCAAGGCUGGGAACGGUGUCAACUUGUAGGAAGGUACCUACGCCCAAAAGGACUUUCUCCCCCAAAGAACACAGGUUUCUUCAGCUCUCAUCCUUCGGCAUGCAUCACAGGUCCCCCCAAAAGGAGGAUAUGUGGGUGGGUGGGAGGGCUGGGGCAAGAACCAGAUAGAAAUUACUGGUUUUGGUUUUGAUCUUGUUUUUCCUGUUUUCUGAGAAUAAAGGUUUUGUUAUAUCACCGAGGCUGCUGUCUUGGCACAGAGACGGCGAGGCUGUAGUUAGAUGGCUUCCAUAGGGUAAAGAGGCAUAGAAGAGAUCACUUGGCUGUAGUCAUGGGAAGAGAGGUCUGAAGAAGGGCACAGGGUAUAAGAUAAAAGAUGUUGCUAUCUUUGUUCCUC